UCCUAUCAAGGUGCCUGAGACGAGUAUUCUCACGACGCACACGUGUUUUGCUUGUGUGCGUGCUGUCGUUCCAAUGUGCCGGUCGCCGUGGCGUAGGCAAAGCGUUUAUAGUUCGCUGUAGUUGCUCGGUUUUACUGAAGCAUGAAGGGGAAGAAGUCAAGAGGGCCCAGAAAGAAGCAUGACGCGAAACCGCGUAAGAAACAGCAGCCCGCAGAGGCUGCACAAUCGUUUCUGGAUGACGAGUCGGAAGAGGAGGAGGACUUCGACACUAUGAAGUUGGACGCGGCGGCUGCUGCCAACAAGAAGAAAUCGGGCGGCUUCCAAGCCAUGGGCCUCAGCCAUGCUAUCCUAAAAGCCAUCUUGAAACGUGGGUAUAAACAGCCAACUCCGAUCCAACGUAAGGCCAUCCCUGUGGUGUUGGAAGGUCGGGACGUGGUGGCCAUGGCACGCACAGGAAGCGGAAAGACAGCCGCUUUCCUGGUGCCAAUCCUGGAGCGAUUGGGAGGCCGUUCGCCGCACACAGGACCCCGUGCCCUCAUACUGUCGCCUACGCGUGAGCUCGCUUUGCAGACGCACAAGUUUGCCAAGGAGCUGGGCAAGUUCACUGACCUCCGGUCAACAGUUAUCCUGGGUGGCGACAGCAUGGAGGACCAGUUUGAGGCCAUUCACGAGAACCCUGACCUGCUCAUCGCUACGCCGGGGCGCUUCUUGCACAUUGUCGUGGAGAUGAACCUGCGUCUCAACUCAGUAAAAUAUGUUGUCUUCGACGAGGCUGACAGGCUGUUUGAGAUGGGUUUCCAAGAGCAACUGACCGAGGUCCUGCACCGAUUGCCUGAAGGUCGUCAAACGCUUCUCUUCUCAGCCACUUUGCCUCGAUUGCUGGUAGACUUUGCCCGGGCGGGCCUGUCCGAACCUGUGCUCAUCCGCCUCGAUGUGGAGGACAAGCUCAGUGAACAGCUAAAGACAGUGUACGUCAUGUGUCGCAACAAUGACAAGACAGCCAUCCUGCUGCACCUGCUGAAGCAUGUCAUCAAACCUGAUGAACUCACCUUCAUCUUUGUCGCCACCCGUCACCACGCUGAAUACCUACGCGACAUUCUGGAGCAGGCAGGUGUGUCCUGCACAUACGUGUACAGCACCCUAGACCAGGCGGCUCGGCGCAUCAAUGUGUCCAAGUUCCGGGCGAAGCAGGUACCCGUAAUGCUGGUUACAGACGUGGCUGCCCGUGGCCUGGACAUUCCACUUUUGGACAAUGUGGUCAACUACAGCUUUCCUCCACGGCCAAAACUGUUCGUGCACCGCGUCGGACGUGUUGCACGAGCGGGGCGCACUGGCACAGCGUAUUCCCUGGUCGCACCAGACGAAGCUCCAUACCUGCUUGACCUGCAUUUGUUCCUGGGACGAGAGUUGUGCUUUUCCAACAGUGGCUCCAGCCCAGAAGAAAGUGGCCUCUGCGGCCGAGUGCCUCAGGCAGUCAUCGACGAGGAGUUGGAGCUGCUUCGGUGUAUGCAGCAACAGUCGACCGAUCUGCAAAACAUGGAGCGCGUCUGUAGUAAUGCCAUGAUCCAGUACCUCAAGUCUCGGCCAGCCCCCUCGAGCGAGUCGGUGAAACGCAUGAAGCAAUGCCUCCGUGAGGACCUGCCACCUCACCCACUCUUCCAAGCCAAGUCAACGGAAGAAGAUACAAGAGCCAAAUUUCUACAAGGCAUGAAAAAAUUCAAGCCAGCCAGUACCAUCUUUGAGAUCGGGAGCACAGGCAAGAGUGCGGCAUUUGCAGUCAUGAAGAACAAGCGGCGUAAGCACGACAACCUCAUUGAACGCCUCUCACUGAGGGCACCUGCAAAGACGGAAGAAGACAUGCCGGCAGCCAAGCAUAGCGACCCCAGCAGUUCUGCUGUCAUGGCAGGAGAGGAAGAAAUAGAGAAAACCUUUGCAACUGUGAUCAGCAAUAAGACCAAGGUGCCCAGCAGGAAAGGUGCCAAGCGCGGUGCAGGCUCUGAGCCGGCAGCUGCCAAGAGCAAAAAGGCCAAGCCAGCCUCGUUCAAGGAUGAGGAGUUCUACAUACCCCACUUUGCUUCAGACUUCCACUCGGAGAAAGGGCUGGAACUGGAGAAGAGCUUUGAGCAGCAGGCGUCCCAGGCAGUGCUCGACUUGACAGGGGACGACGACAAGUACCUCAAGCAGCAGAAGAAGGCCCUCAGAUGGGACCGCAAGAAAAAGCGCUUUGUGCGCGACGACAGUGACCCCAAGAAUAAGAAAAUUCGAACGGAGAGCGGUGCCUGGAUUCCAGCGUCGUAUAAAUCGGACGUCUACAAGCAGUGGAGGAAGAAGGCGCAGAUGGACGCUCGGGACGAAGGAAGCGGUGAUGACGAUGAUGGCGAAGGAGGAGUUGGCAGUGGCCUUGGGAAGCAGAAAAUUUCAGCCUGCGACCGGCUGGGCAAGCGGCACAGCGGCCCCCCGCGCCAGAAGGGCUCGAAGAAGCACUUUCAGCGAGAGCUCAAGACCAAGGAAGAAAUCCUCAAGGAACGGAAACGCAAGGCCCGGCUCAACUACCAUGCCAAGAAGAAGCACAAGGAGCGGGCUGCCAAAAAGCGCAGGGCAUGAGGGAUGGUCGAAUGUACAGAGAAAUAAAUUGUUCACACAGUGUCA